ACACCUCCAGCAGCAACGUGGAUCGACGGAUUUCACCAGAAAAUCAAUAGAAAUUUGAAGAUUUCCUCAAAAAUUAUCAUGUCUUUUGUAGAAGUUACUGCAGAAAGUCAUUUUCCAAUCCAAAACCUACCUUAUGGGGUCUUUUCUACGGCUGAUAACCCUAAACAAAGGAUAGGAGUAGCAAUUGGUGACUAUAUUUUAGAUAUCAGUCAGGUUGCACAUCUUUUUGAUGGCCCGGUCAUGCGGCAAAACCAAGAUGUUUUGAAACAAUCUACCUUAAAUUCAUUUAUGAGUCUCGGUCCUGCUGCUUGGAAAGAAACAAGAGCAACCUUACAAAAGAUACUUUCUAAAGAUGAGGCUGUUCUUCGAGAUAAUACAGAACUACGCUCAAGGUGUCUUAUUCCACAAAACAAGGCAACUAUGCAUCUUCCUGCAAGCAUAGGUGACUACACAGACUUUUAUUCCUCUAUUAGCCAUGCUACAAAUGUUGGUACCAUGUUUAGGGGUAAAGAAAAUGCUCUUAUGCCAAACUGGAAACAUCUUCCAGUAGGGUAUCAUGGGCGUGCGUCGUCAGUCGUUGUAUCUGGAACCCCUGUAAGGAGACCAUCAGGACAAACACGUGCUGAUGACACCAAGCCACCGGUAUUUGGACCUUGUAAGCUGUUAGACUUUGAGAUGGAAAUGGCUUUUUUCGUCGGUCCCGCAAACAACUUGGGUGAACCAAUAUCCAUUGACAAGGCACAAGACCAUAUMUUUGGGAUGGUGCUCAUGAAUGACUGGAGUGCCCGCGACAUCCAGAAGUGGGAGUACGUGCCACUUGGUCCCUUCCUGGCCAAAAACUUUUCCACUACCAUUUCACCUUGGGUGGUUACCAUGGAAGCACUACAGCCCUUCAGUAUUCCAAACUCUGUACAGGACCCAACACCUCUACCAUACCUCCAGCACUCAGAUCCCUACACAUUUAACAUCAAUUUGGAAGUAGCUCUUAAAUGUGAAGGUCUUUCAAACCCUGCUGUCAUAUGUAAAACGAAUUACAAGAAUAUGUAUUGGACCCAGAAGCAGCAUCUUGCCCAUCAUACUGUGACAGGGUGUAACGUUCGACCAGGUGACCUGAUGGGGUCUGGCACUAUUAGUGGAGAGAACCCGGAAUCCUACGGCUCACUGCUCGAGCUCUGCUGGAAAGGCACUAAACCACUGGACCUUGGUAAUGGAGUCACCAGGAAGUUCCUCCAAGAUGGCGACGAAGUGAUCAUGUCUGGUUACUCACAAGGUGAUGGGUACAGGGUUGGGUUCGGCCAAUGCUCUGGUAAAAUUCUGCCUCCACAUGUUUUUUAGGGUACAAGCUAGUGGUUCAUCUAGGGGUCUUUGAUUUUAAACAUUACUGAUCUAUCUGAGGGGCUUAGCCCAGGACAACUAUCCAAACCUUACGAACUUCAUCAAUAUGUGAUGGCAUAGAUCUAGAAACAAGCUAUAAGUUAUGUUGUAUUGUGUAUGGUCUCCUGACAACUGUCAGCCUACUAAAUAACGUCAUUCUACUAACAGUUGUCUGCAUGGUAAUUAUUUAUUAGGGUGUAUGAUUUCAGUCUUGAAAUACAAGUAAAAUAUGGAUGGUUUA